AUGGGUGGCAUGGCCAACAUCAUGCGUUCGCAGUUUGUAUCGCUUCCCUAUCCGACCAAGAAAUUCACCGGCCAGACCAUCCUGGUGACGGGAUCCAAUGUCGGCCUCGGCCUCGAAGCCGCUCGGCAUUUCGUGCAGCUAGACGCUGCCCGCGUCAUCCUCGCCGUGCGAACCAUCAACAAGGGCAAGGCCGCGGCAGCCUCCAUCGAGGAGACAACUGGCCGCAAAGGCGUCGUCGAGGUGUGGGAGCUUGACCUGUGCAGGUACGACUCGGUCAAACUGUUCGCCAGCCGCGUCGACACGGUGAGCCGGCUAGACGUCGUCUUGGCCAACGCCGGCAUCAUGGCCAAAGCCUUCAAGAGGGUCGAGGAUAACGAGAGCCAGAUUACCGUCAAUGUUGUCAGCACCAUGCUUCUCGGCAUCAUGGUGCUGCCCAAGCUGAGGGCCUCGGCGCUGGAGCACGGCAAGCACGGCGUGCUAUCCUUUACUGGCUCGUUUGUGCACCAUGUCACCGAGUUCCCAGAGCGCAACGCUCCCAACAUCUUCGAAGAGCUAGCAAACGAAGCCAAGGCGAGGAUGGCUGACCGGUAUAAUGUCUCCAAAAUGAUACAGCUUCUCGCAGUCCGCGAACUCGCGAACAAGGUGACUGAGUCAAGUAAAGCUGGUCAAGUGGUUGUCUCCAUCCUCAACCCGGGCUGGGUGAGGACCAACAUGGGCGCCGGCGAAAAGGCGGGACUAUUCGCGGCCUUUGGCCGGAGGUUCAUUGCUAGAGAUGCCGAGGUGGGCAGCCGGACCCUGGUCCAUGCUGCCGAGGGAGCCCCGGAGACUCAUGGGCAGUAUCUUUCCGACUGCAAGCUUGGAGAGUAA